UCUGUCACUGUCAAAAUUCGAAAAGUAGGAAAAUGCCGUGUUGUCCGACAUGCCCUAAAUUAUUGUAAUAAAAUCAGAUGUUUUAAAUUAAAAUGCUGUGGUACAUUCGCUCCGACGGUUCCCAGCGUACGUGGCGAUCGUUUACUUGACUCCGAUUGAAAAUUUUUCGUUACUCUAGUUCUUUUGAAUGAGCAUCCAUCAAUAUGGAUGUUCCUACCGCUAAGUUACUAUCCACCCUUGCCAGUUAUUUUACAAUUGCAUCAUGUGCAUUUUUGAAAGUUCCGCAAAUUAUCUCCGUAACCGAGCGCCGGUCAGCAGAUGGAAUCGUUCUCAAUGCUAUGUUGAUGGAAACCGCGAGCUUCACCAUCAUGUUCCUAUACAACUAUACAAGUAAUUACUCUGUAGAAACUUAUUUGGAAUAUCCCAUAAUAUUAGCACAGGUGUAUGUGCUAUUUUACUACGUGCUGAUGUACAAGAGGCUGCUACACCUUAAACUUGUGAAGUUCAUCAUCAUACUAUAUUUCGCCUUGAUUAUUGGCUUUCUUACUGGGUAUCUACAUCCUAUCCUCCUGUCUGUGUUUGUGCCCCUAUGUACACCAAUGAGUGGAGCAGCUAAGGUAUCAUACCUCUAUGGCAUCAUAGCAGACAACAAUGCGGAUGGCGUCUCAAUCACCACUUGGAUAAUAUCAAUAUUCACCAAUGUCUCGCGCAUCUUCACGGUUUAUAUGGACUCCGGUGACGUCAAACUGAUGUUCAACUUCCUGGUAUCCACGAUCCUGAGCUCCAGUGUGUUGGCGACAGCUAUGUACUUCAAGUUCUUCGUGCCGCCGCCGCCGCCGCCGGGCCGCCCCCGCCGGAAGCCGUCCUAUCGCCGGUACAGCGACACCAUGCACACGGAUUAAACGGUUCAACCCUACGUGUAAACUGACCUCGAUCAUGCAUUGAACUGACCCCUUAGAAUACCUGAACCCUUUGUCCUUGGUGAGCGACGGAACGCGUCGCAUUUUCUCCUUUACUGAACUUCAUGUGACGUGUGUCAUACGCGACUAUAGUUGAACGAUUUGAAACGUAAAAUGGCAAAGAUCGCCUGGCAUUGAUAUAAAAUGUCAUAGGUAAACCACCCAAUCAUUGGCACUCUACCAAUUUAUUGGCAUGCUCCAGUUUUUUAAGAAAAUUAAGGUUUUUUGUAGCCAAACCUUAUAUUUUUUAGUAGAAAUUGUACAGAAAUAUCAUUUAUUACUCAACUGGCUACACACGUUUUUUAUUUUUUCAAACAUCGCGGCGCAUCAACCAUUUGUUUGACAAACCGCGACCUGUGCGAAAAAAACAAUCGAAAUAUUCGUUUUUUACUAAGGUAAGAGCUAUCAUAAUCUUUUAAAAAAAUGCAAAUCUAUUUUGUUGUCCCUAUACAUAAUCAUUUUGUCUUAUUAUUGAAUAUAUUAACUGCCUUUUUAAAACAUUAUUUUAUAAUUUAACCGCCAACUUUUAAUUAUUUGUGGUGUGCCAACAUUUGGUAUGCGUAAAAUCUGUUUAUCCAUUUUAUUGGCACACAUGCCAAUAAAAGGGUAUUUAAAAUAAUUUGAGUUUAUUAAAAAUUAUACCUUGUUUGUCUCAAAAUUUAGUUUAAAUUGCAUUUAAAAUAUUUUUUAACGUUUUGGAUACACCAAUCCAAAUGUUGGCCCACUGCCAAUUAUAUAAAAUCCAUUUAUUGGCACGGGUGUCAAACAUUGGUUAAAAAGGUGCUAAUAAAAAAUAUUAUCUUUUCAGCCACUUUCAAAGCCUUUCAAAGUCUUAUUCCACUAAUCCCCGUUGACAAUCCCCGUCAACGGGGAUUAGUGAACUUUUUGUUCAUUAAUUCCCGUUAACGCCAAUGGAGUUUACGAUGGGGAUUAAUGAACUAAAAAGUUAAUUAAUCCCCAGUACGUUAAAAAUAAAAUACUCAUGUAAGAAUCAGGUACCUUCUAUUUAUUACUAGAUAAGAACUCACUUAUUAUUUUUAUUAUCAAAUUAAAUUAAAUUUAAGACUGAUUACAAUACUUAAAAAAAUUAACACUUACCUGAUUAACCAAAAGCACUAUGGAUAUUGAAUCGUUAUUCCCCAUUCAUCAUUUAAAAGAAGAUGGAAACGAUUACAUACAAAUUUGGGCCAAGAUGAACAAGAUAAAAAUGGUGUAAAUUAAUAGCUUUGUAAUCAGGCUUAAAUUCAAUUUAAUUUGAUUAUAAAAAUAAUCAAUAAGUGAGUUCUUAUCCAAUAAUAAAUAGAAGGUACAUGAUUCAUACAUUAGUAUUUUAUUUUUAACGUAGUUUUCUGAAUAAAGAAAAAUAAAAUAAACUAAAAAGUUCAUUAAUCCCCAUUAUAAGCUCCAUUGGCGUUAGCGGGGAUUAAUGAAUAAAAAGUUCACUAAUCCCCGGGAUUAGUGGAAUAAGGCUUUGAAAGUGGUACCACGGUCUACUAUACAAUUCAGAUUGAAACAUCAUCAUCUGAUCAUCGCUCUAAGCCCGGUCCGUUCACAAUUUUAACUGACGAGGAAGAACAGCUUUUUGUUGACUGGAUACUUAGAUUAAUAAAACACUGGAUAAAAUAAAAAUCAGUAGCAAAAAAGUAUUUCCGAAGAGAAAAGAAGAUUUGAUAAAAGUGUUUAUGGAAAGUUUAAAACCAUAUUUAAAUAUAAGCGUUUGAACUGAUAUGGUAUGUUCCUAUACAAAUAAAUGUUACUUUUCUUUUAACAAAGGAUUUUAUUUUGUUUAUUUCUAUCAUGAAUCCCUUUAAAACCUCUACAUAAGACCUAGCAGCUAUUUUUCAGUCUUGCGAGAACAGUGCCAAUAAUAGGUAAUUAUCACUGCCAAUAAAAGGUUUGGCUAUGCCAACAACUGGUAUUUUGAGGUAUUUUUUUAAAAGGUACACUAUAUUGAAUAAAUGAUUUAAUUUAUUAAUGAUAAGUACUUUAUAAUAUUCUGCAAAGAUUAAAAGACCAAUAUAAAUGUUUUUUUCUUUGAUAAAACAUAUUUUUACAUGCAAAUUUUACCGGUUUUGUGAAGUAGCUGCUUAAAGUGCCAAUAAUUGGGUGGUUUACCCUAAUUUUACUAAGGUAGUCUUCCACCUAAGAUUGAGAACAACGGGUUAAAAUCAAUUAUCAGAAUCAGUCGUAAAAAAUAUAAAAAAUCCAUUGAAAAAUGAAAAAAAAUUAACGUUCGUGGUCAACUUAAACUUUCGGACCAGUUCAGUGUUAAAUGAAAGAGGCCAGUGAAAAACAUCUUUUAUUAAAAAUACUCUAGGUCUCACGUAAUGUGAAAAAUUCGAUGGGGUUGUAUUAUGUUACUUUUUAAAUUUAUUAUCUUUGAUGUAUAUUUGUUUUUUAAUAUCUUAUUGUAAUUUUAAUGUGAUCAUAUAUAGCCUCUUAUUAUGUUCAAAGGUUCUAUGUUGACUCGACUUUUAUUAAUUUAUUGUAAUUCUGAUAAUACUCUAUAUUUUAGGCAUGUGCGGUGUAUGGAUAAGAAAGCGUCAAUUAUGUGUACAGCAUUUGGAAUAGGGAAAUAAAACUGAAGAAUUAGAAAUUGGGGGAAUAAGCUACUUUAGACGUUUUGGUGCAUAGCACAAUACUUACAGGCGAGAUAGCUAUAAAAUGAUGAAAAUUUUUGGCCAGUAGUGUUCUAGUCAAUUUCUGCGUCUUGGUACCAGAAAACCAGAGAGCCAAGACAAUGUAACAUCGUUAAAAAGAGGCUCGAAUUAGAAUAAAGGUAGUUGGUAUUUAAAAGUUAUGUACAAUCCACAUCAAAAUCAUGUUGCGGUAUUGUAUAUUAGAUUAGUGUAAAGAAUGGUAAAAAAAGAGUAUUUUUUUAAAAGAUGUAAAUAAAAUUGUAAUUGCGUAUUUUUCUGAUGACGUUCGACUUCACCGUGUUAGAAAUUUCCUGGAUAGUAUUUUAAUAUCCAUAAAAUUAUUAUCUAAGCAAACUAAAGUAAAAAAAAUCAAAUUUUAUCUUAUCUUUAGAAUAAUAUCGUAGACGAAGACUUUUAAGUAACUGGACAUGCUGCUGAGGAUGAAUAUUGCGUCACAUCUCGGGCGUAUCCUAAAAUAACUUCAAAUAACGUAAUUUGUUUAUGUGAAUUGAUAUAAACAACUUGCGUGAUUUGAAAUUAUUUUACCCAAUUAAUGAAUUUACCGGUAUAAAUGGUAUGAGCACGAUUAAUAAUAAUAUGUGAGUGUCUUGUCUACGUAUGCGUCGACUAUUUUGCGAUUCCCGCCGCAUAAUGUGCUCUCGCUCGCUCUCAAUGCGCUAAAUGAUGUUGAUGCUAUAUUGCUAUGAUAGCAAUCAUGAUAUGAAUUAUGUGACCAAUAUCUCAGAGGCAGUAUGUCUAGGUACAUAGUCUUUACGUAGAAUAAUAAUAAAAGACAUUGUUAUAAUUAUAUUAUAGAAAAUAUGAAGUAUUAUAUUUAUUGAUGUAUGUUCGACAAUGGUCGUGGGAUAUAAAUAUCUCGUUUAUGGAUAAUCUCUUUAAAAUAAGGUAAUAUUUAAUCAAUUAGUGAAUUUAUUUAUUACAUACUAUUACUGAUAUAUUCAAUAAUUCAAUAUUUAACAUUUUAAACUUAGAUUUAAAUAUAAUCGUGUAGUAUUAAAUGUUACUAUUCCUAUAUUUUCUAGUCUUCUGUUAUAAAAUAUAUUUGUACUAAAUUCAGUGCAAAUCUGUAAGUACAAACCUGGUUUUGGUUCAAACUACUGGAUUGGUGCAAUUAUUUUUUUAUGUUAUGUUCAAAAUUAUAUUUAAUCAGAUUUGUGCCAAACAUGUUACGGUUCUAGUUCAUAGUAGUAAAUAUAUUAUAGUGUGAUAGUACAGAUUUUAAUGUAUCAACUUAUUUAAUUCGAAUAAAUUAUGAAUGAACAAUU